CAAAAGAGAGAAUCAAGAAAACUAAAUAAUGAAUUAGACCAGAAAGGCUCGCUCCGAUUACCCUUAUCAGUACUCUGUAGUCAAUUAGCAGGUGAAGAAACGAGAUAGUGAGGAAACAAACUAAACAAAGGCAGAAGAGAACAGGUAUCAUAUCAACAGACAAGGAACUGAAAAGAUUAAGGAAAAAUGAAGCUCAAAGUAUAUGCUGAUCGGAUGUCGCAGCCAUCUCGUGCUGUCAUCAUCUUCUGCAAGGUAAAUGGUAUAGAAUAUGAGGAGAUCAAAGUAGACGUCUCAAAGCGUCAGCAUUUAACUCCUGAAUUCGCAGAUAUAAAUCCUAUGAAAAAGGUGCCAGCCAUUGUUGAUGGAAGAUUUAAGUUGUUUGAGAGCCAUGCCAUUCUUAUCUAUCUUGCCUGUGCAUUUCCUGGAGUUGCGGAUCAUUGGUAUCCUGCUGAUCUUUUCAAGCGAAGUAAGAUUCACUCAGUGUUGGACUGGCAUCACUCAAACUUACGUCAUGGUGCAGUUACAUAUGUUCUGAAUACUACACUAGCACCUGCUCUUGGCCUUCCGUUGAAUCCACAAGCAGCUGCUGAAGCUGAGAAACUUCUGUCCUCUUCUCUGUCAAAGAUAGAGUCCAUUUGGCUCAAGGGUAGUGGACUUUUCCUGCUGGGUGGGAACCAACCAACCAUAGCAGAUCUUAGCCUUGUUUGUGAAUUAAUGCAACUUGAGGUUUUGGAGGAGAAGGAUCGCACUAGGUUACUGGGCCCACACAAGAAAGUUCAGCAGUGGAUUGAGAAUACAAGAAAUGCUACGAGACCUCACUUUGAUGAAGUGCAUAAGGUAAUCUUCAAAGUCAAAGAAAAACUACAAGUUCAGCGACUAAAGGGAGCAUCAAAUGAUGGAACGGAAUCUAGCAUGAAAAAGCCAUUACUCUCUAAAAUGUGAUGAGCAAAAACUGCAUUACUUGUUUUUAUCACAGGAUCUUGUGGUGUUGAGUUUCUUUAUAAAAUAGAGGCUACAAUCUUUGUAUAAUAAGCAACUAUUAGCACAUAAAUCAUAUACGUGUGCUACAUAAUGGUUUAUGUUGCAAGUUCCGUAAUUAGAUUUUUUGUCAACUGUAGUAACACUGUAACAGGUUCUCUCCGUUACUCUUGGAUCACAGUGGCAGACGUUAAAAUUUCAUUCA